AUAAAUUAAAUAAAAAAUAUCCAAGUAAAAAACAGAAAAAAACGAAAAUGGUUGAGAUAAGCAGCGUCAUCUCCAAGUUCUACAGCGACUACGUGCAGAACACACCGAAGAAGCUGAAACUGGUUGACAUCUACUUGGGCUACAUCCUACUGACCGGCAUCAUACAAUUUGUUUACUGCUGCAUGGUGGGCUCAUUUCCCUUUAACUCCUUUCUGUCGGGCUUUAUCAGCACUGUUAGCUGCUUCGUUUUGGCCGUUUGUCUCCGUCUGCAGGCCAAUCCACAGAAUAAGGCCGUAUUUGCGGGCAUCUCACCGGAACGUGGUUUUGCCGAUUUCAUAUUUGCACACAUUAUUCUCUUUUUGGUUGUCAUGAACUUUAUAGGCUAACCUUAUACUUGUACUAGCUGCUACAUAGCAUAUUGAUUUAAUUUGAUAUAAUUAAAAUAACACAAAACUCAAAAAA